ACGUUCCCUCGUCUUUUCACUCCUUUUCCAAAUGUUCCGUUUUGUCAACGGAACUCUCACUUCUCUUCCGCAUACUCCACCCCCUUCAAAGUUCAAAGCCACCUCUCGCUUUCUAUCUCUCUCCGGAAAGCAAUUUUCAAGUUUUGAAUUGAAUGGUUUCGAAUUGAAACCAUUCAAUUAGCCUUUUGGAAUUGAGUCAAAGCACCUUGUGUUUGCUUUCUUUUCAAUCCCAGUUCAAAUCCAUAUUUUUUUAAUCUGAAAACAAGGCUAGCUGAACUGUACUCCACAUGGAGAAAAACCAUGAAAUUGCACUGACCCAGAUGAGAAUAUCAGUUGAGAAGCUCGGGUCAUCCACGGAGGGGCAUGGCGACCCAACGCUCAUGAGGUUCUUGAUUGCAAGGUCGAUGGACCCAGACAAAGCAGCAAAGAUGUUUGUCCAGUGGCUGAAGUGGAGGGCUGCAAUGGUGCCCAAUGGGUUCAUUUCCGAAUCCGAAAUUCAAGAUGAACUGGAACCCAGAAAGAUUUAUCUUCAGGGCUUAUCAAAGGAUGGAUACCCGGUGAUGGUUGUCAAAGCAAGCAAGCAUUUCCCUUCUAAGGAUCAUGUCCAAUUCAAAAAAUUUGUGGUUCAUCUGCUAGACAAAACGAUUGCAAGUUCUUGCCAAGGAAGAGAAAUUGGAAAUGAAAAGUUGAUAGGCAUUCUUGACCUACAACAGAUUACUUAUAGGAACAUUGAUGCAAGAGGAUUAAUUACUGGGUUUCAAUUUUUACAGGCUUACUACCCUGAACGUUUAGCAAAGUGCUUCAUUCUACACAUGCCACGAUUCUUUGUGAGUGUUUGGAGAAUGGUUUCUAGAUUCCUUGAGACGGCUACUCUGGAAAAGAUUGUGAUUGUGACCAAUGAGGACGAAAGACAAGAUUUCAUACGGGAAGUUGGCGAGGAAGUCUUGCCAGAAGAAUAUGGCGGGCAAGCAAAGGUUGUAGCACUUCAGGAUGUUGUACUUGCCCCAUUGGAGGGUUGAUUCCACAGAUGGAUGUAGGUCGGUAAAAUGUAUAACAUUGCUGGAGACGCUUUAAUGGGUUGUAUCUACUCUCAA